AUGCCGCUCGACUCAAACCACAUUCUCCAUGCUUGGACAAAGCAGCACAGAAACGGACCAAGCACAAACAAGAUGCCAACCGAACCAGAGAAACGUGGUCUGCUUGGGUUUACCGAUGUCGAGGCAGAACACCCCAAGUGGUACAUCCGGAGGCUGUGGCUCGUCGCAGAGAACGACCGCAAACCAUUUCCCAUGUUUCUGGACCCGCAAGUUCAGGAGCUUGCAACGCAGGUAAACAGGGUUGUCAACACGUUCGUGAAGGACGAGGAUAUGCGCCAUGAAGAGCUGUGUGGCGGCGCGUUCCUCGAAAAAGACGCUGCACAUAUACUCAACGAGCUGGGCUUUGGACAGCGCAUCUGGGGCGACGGUUCUGGGGCGGAGAUACGACUCGGGAGCAAUCUGUCAGGGCCGCGCCCUCGAUGGGGUGUCCGCGCAGACUCUGGAUACAAAAGCAACGACGAAGACAGCAUUCGAGAUAACCUGAGGUACUGGAUGGCUGCUCUGAUACAGGCUAAGAUCAACGCGCCUUGCAAAGAGAAGAAAGGUGUUCCGUCAGUGACAGUGGAACGCAUGGAACAGCUGCCGCAGGCGCCUACAUCAGUACCUGCAUCACCAUCACUUCCGCAAUGGCCUGAACGUAUGCAGAGCGGUGGUAGUCCAGACACGUCUGGUCUCGCGCCGUCUCGCUCGAAACGUCGAAGGAGUAGUUCUGCAGCGACGGCAGAAGCAGAAACCAAAGCAGCCAGCAACAGACCCAGAAGUAAAGCACGCUCGGACGACUCAAGCGGUUCAGUCGACACCUUUUCCUUCACGAGCUACAUACACACAGGUCCAGAUGCAGACUUUCCGCACUUGAGAAGCGACGGAUACAAAUGCCCACGGACAGACAACUCGCAGCGUCGGUCACGCUCUCUGUCUCGCCGACAGAGCCUUGGAGCCACACUUACCGCGGGUGACAAUCCACCGACUGACACCGCCGUCAUUACAACGCCGGAUGUGGCCAGUGACAGCGGAAAUAACAUGACCACCCAUGAAGACGACCUACCUAGGGCCAUUGCGGUGAAGCGGAAGCUGCAACUUGACCUUAGUCGACUUUUGAGCAACAAGCCAGAUUUCACUGGCAUCCUACACGACAUCAUACCGCCCACGAGGAAGCUUUAUGCGAUCAGUCCCCAUCGCAAGCCUUACAGUGACAUGGAGGUUGAGUUUAGAAACUUCAACCGAGCAUUGGACCAUUGGGGAACUCUAAUCAGAACGCGCAUGGCUUCCCCUGGUGCCGUGCAGUCGCCGGCUGAGGAUCACCUCGAAGCGCUCGCCGCUAAAGGGACAUUUGCAGAUCGCGUAGCUAUGCUUCACAAGUUGGGUCCGAGAUCGCACAUAGACUUUCCCUUCAAGCAAUGGACCAUUUCCCUGGCCCUGUUUUUCGAAGGCCUGUUGGGCGACACUUACAUGCCUCUUCCGUUCAGAGAUCUGGUGGAUCGACUGAGAACUGUCAACCGGCCUUUGUAUGGUGCCGUCCGCUAUGGUGAGUAA